UGUGGCGAGGCGGGCGGGCAGGCAGCGCCCCGCCGCUCCGCUCCCGGCCCCGCCGCCAUGCCGCCGCCGCCCGGCCCCCGCCGCCCCGCCGCCUUCCUCAUCCUCGCCUUCCUCACCCUCCGACGGGCGCUGGGCGCCGCAGGGCUGGAGUACAGCGACGUGCUGCCCGACUCCUUCCCCUCGGCCCCAGCGGAGACCCUCCCUCACUUUCUGCUGGAGCCGCAGGACGCCUACAUCGUGAAGAACAAGCCGGUGGAGCUCGUCUGCCGCGCCAACCCCGCCACCCAGAUCUACUUCAAGUGCAACGGGGAGUGGGUCAACCAGAACGACCAUGUCACCAAGGAAAGCCUGGACGAGGUCACCGGGAUGCUGGUGCGGGAGGUGCAGAUUGAAGUCUCCCGGCAGCAGGUGGAGGAGCUCUUCGGCUUAGAAGAUUACUGGUGCCAGUGCGUGGCCUGGAGCUCGGCGGGCACCACGAAGAGCCGCAGGGCGUACGUCCGCAUAGCGUACCUACGGAAGAACUUCGACCAGGAGCCGCUGGGCAAGGAGGUCCCGCUGGAGCACGAGGUCCUGCUGCAGUGCCGCCCACCCGAGGGGGUGCCGCAGGCUGAGGUGGAGUGGCUGAGGAACGAGGAUGUCAUCGAUCCCACCCAGGACACCAACUUCCUGAUCACCAUCGAUCACAACCUCAUCAUCAAGCAGGCCCGGCUCUUGGACACUGCUAAUUACACUUGCAUGGCCAAGAACAUCGUGGCCAAGCGCCGGAGCACCACAGCUGCUGUCAUCGUCUACGUGAACGGUGGCUGGUCCACCUGGUCUGAGUGGUCUCCUUGCAACAACCGCUGUGGCCGGGGCUGGCAGAAGCGCACCCGGACGUGCACCAACCCCGCGCCGCUGAACGGCGGCUCCUUCUGCGAUGGGCAGCCUUUCCAGAAAAUCACCUGCACCACCCUCUGCCCAGUGGACGGCGCGUGGACGGAAUGGAGCAAGUGGUCAGCGUGCAGCACCGAGUGCACCCACUGGCGCAGCCGGGAGUGCGCCGCCCCGGCUCCCCGCAAUGGCGGCAAGGACUGCAGCGGCGUGCUGCUCGACUCCAAAAACUGCACUGACGGGCUCUGCCUGCACAAUAAAAGAGUUCUAAGUGAACCCAAAAGCCACCUGCUGGAGGCCACGGGCGACGUGGCCCUGUAUGCCGGGCUGGUGGUGGCUAUCUUUGUCUUCAUUGUGAUCCUCAUGGCUGUGGGGGUGGUGGUGUACCGGAGGAGGUGCCGGGAUUUCGACACGGACAUCACGGACUCAUCAGCUGCUCUGACCGGAGGCUUCCACCCUGCCAACUUCAAGACCUCCCGGCAUGACAACCCUCAGCUGCUGCACCCCUCCAUGCAGCCGGACCUGACGGCCAGCGCCGGCGUCUACCGUGGCCCCAUGUACGCCCUGCAGGACUCCUCCGACAAGAUCCCCAUGACCAACUCCCCCCUGCUCGACCCCCUCCCCAACCUCAAGAUCAAGGUGUACAACUCCUCCACCGCCUCCUCCUCACCGGGGCUGCAUGACGGGACGGACCUGCUUGGGGGGCUCCCUGCCACCGGCACCUACCCAGGGGACAACACCAGGGACAGCCACUUUGCGAACGUGAGGAACAAAGCCCUGGGCUCACAACAUCUCCUCAGCUUGCCCCGGGAGCACGGCAACAGUGCCAGCGGCACCUUUGGCUACCUAGGGGGGAGACUCACCGUCCCAGGCACCGGGGUGAGCCUGCUGGUGCCCCACGGGGCCAUCCCCCAGGGGAAGUUCUACGAGAUGUACCUGGUCCUCAACAAGGCAGAGAGCGCCCUCCUGCCCUCCGAAGGCACGCAGACAGUGCUGAGCCCGGCCGUGACCUGCGGGCCCACUGGCUUGCUCUUGUGCCGCCCCGUCGUCCUGACGAUUCCCCACUGUGCCGAUGUCAGCUCCUCGGAUUGGAUUUACCAGCUGAAAACACAGUCCCACCAGGGAAACUGGGAGGAGGUUGUGACCCUGGAUGAGGAGACCCUUAACACUCCCUGCUACUGCCAGCUGGAAGCCAAGUCCUGCCACAUUCUGCUGGACCAGCUUGGCACCUACGUCUUUGUGGGAGAGUCCUACUCCAGGUCAGCCAUCAAGAGGCUCCAGCUGGCCAUCUUUGCCCCCACCGUUUGCACCUCCCUGGAGUACAGCCUCAAGGUCUACUGCUUGGAGGACACACCAGAUGCUCUGAAGGAGGUGCUGGAGCUGGAGCGGACGCUGGGCGGGUACCUGCUGGAGGAGCCCAAGCCCCUGCCCUUCAAGGACAGCUACCACAACCUACGUCUCUCCAUCCACGACAUCCCCCAUGCGCUGUGGAGGAGCAAGUUGCUGGCCAAGUACCAGGAAAUUCCCUUCUAUCACAUCUGGAGCGGCAGCCAGCGAGCCCUGCACUGCACCUUCACGCUGGAGAGGUACAGCCAGGCCUCCACCGAGCUCACCUGCAAGAUCUGCGUCCGGCAGGUGGAAGGGGAAGGACAGAUCUUCCAGCUCCACGUCACGCUGGGAGAGCAUGCCAGCUCCUUCGACACCCUUCGCUCCCACCACAGCUGUGCCACCACCACCACCCAGCUGGGACCCUACGCCUUCAAAAUCCCCCUCUCCAUCCGGCAGAAGAUCUGCAACAGCCUGGAUGCCCCCAACUCCAGGGGAAACGACUGGAGACUCCUCGCCCAGAAGCUUUCCAUGGACCGGUAUCUGAACUACUUUGCCACCAAAGCCAGCCCCACCGGGGUGCUCCUGGACUUAUGGGAAGCCGAGCACCAAGACGACGGCGAUCUCAACACCCUGGCCAGUGCCUUAGAAGAGAUGGGCAAGAGCGAGAUGCUGGUGGUCAUGGCCACGGAGGGCGACUGCUGAUGAUGCUCCCCCACGGCUGGUGGGCCGGGAGGACCCAAACGGGGGGCGAAGGCAGGGGGGACGACCCUUCGCGCGUCCCUCCCCGGGCAGCGGCUGAGCAAGGAAGGGCCGAGGCCAUUGCUCCUCCCUCCCUCCCCCCAUCACUGUCAGCCUUAGAGACCCAUCCUCAGCGUUUACAAGCAAUUCAAGUGUUACGCAGCCUUCCUCUUCCUCCUCUUCCUCCUCCUCCUCCUCCUCCUCCUCCUCCUCCUCUGGGGCGGCAGCCGGCGGCGCUCGUGGCGUGAGGAGGAAUUAGGGCUUCUCGAGUCGGGAUGGGGGCUUUCCUUCUCCUCCUUCGUUUGGGUUCCCCUCCUCCUCCUUUAAUAGCAUUUCUGCGUUGAAGAGACGAGUACAAUCUAGGCGAACGGCUUACUUAAUAAGGCGAAUAAGAAAGAAAAAAGGAAAAAAAAAAAAAGUUUCUUAGGAAACGCAAAUAAUUUAUUAUCCAGAUCUUUGGAUGAGUCCUUUUUUAAAAAAAAAAAAAAAAAAAAAAAGAAAAAAAGACCAAAAAAGGACAAAAAAAAAAAAAGAAGACAGAUUUAUAAAUCUUUUUUUGUGCGUGAGAGCAAGAGCGUAGCUGCGGUCGGGGUGGCAGAGAGAGAGAGAUUUAAGUGAACGUUCUUUUGUAGGGACGAGCGUGCGAAGCCAAGUCGAGCGAAACGUGUUUACAUGUCCUGGCCCCCCCCGGGCAGUCCGUAGGGUGAAGUGCCUCUGCGCCCCUCUGCUUCGGGGCCACGGACACCCUCCCCAAGCCUUUUUUUCCUUGAAAAACUCCUCUUUCCCCAGCAGCACCCGGUGGGGCGAGGGGUCCUGCCCCCAUGAGGGACGCUGCCCUAUUUUUAGAGUUCGGGGUGGGGGUGGGGGGGAGUACAUCCAGAAAUGGGUAUUUUUAAUGAAUUCUUCCCCUGCCGUCGUUUGGGGGAGCUUUUUAGGAUGACGACGCCUUCAUUUACAUAACUUCAGUGCAAACCAAAGAUUUCAGUCCUGCACCAACCUACCGACCCACAGGCCAAAGGGGGCUCUUGGGGUUUUUUUUUGGGUUGGUUGGUUUGGUUUUGGUUUUUUUUUUUUUUAAACCCACCGGGAUUUUGCAGUGAGUAUCCCGAACCUGGGCUUGGAGCGGGGUGAUGAGCAGCUUGUGAAGGGCUCUGGGGAGAGCAGAGGGCUGGCGGGCCGGGGUGCCCCUCGCAAACCACGUCGGGCUCGGCUCCCUGCGCUCGCGCCAGGUGUUUGAUGCAGCAUCCCACCGGGGGUUCGGCAGGGGAGAGCGCGGGGUCUCCAAUUUGCAAGCCAGGCUGAGCGUGUGUGGGCAGGGGACGGCACCGUAAGCAGUGAUCGGGUUCCCAUCCUCCCAUCGCGGCUGCUUUUUGGACCUGUAAUGGGCUUUUUGUCACGACGGAGAAGUUGUGGGGUGAACGGAAGAGUCAUCGAGGGGUAGGCAGGGACGAGGUUCCUCACAAAGAUGCGGUGUCUCAAUGAAGGGUAAAAAUUUAGAUUUGCCUGCGGAUAGAAAUAGUUACUCAGCGAGUGCUAUAUCUUAGAAAUGUGUCUGUUUUUAAAAAAAAAUAGGAAGGGGAUGGUCAGCUCAGGAUUAGACUAGAUCCCGUGGCAAGGCUGUGGAUUCUCCAUCAGUGGAAGUAUUAAGAGUGGGGUCUGAGAGCAGGUCCCACUCCGGGCUGCGAUGCGCCGUGUCCUGGCUACCAAGCCCUGGACCGGUGUCAUGGGGUGCCCACAGCAUCCCACAGCAUCCCGGGGACCGGAGCAAGCUCAGGGAGCCCUGCCGAGAGCGAGAGCAUUGCCUUCGUGGGGCGGCUGAGGGUAGGGGGGUAGUUUUCGGUAUUGCUGGGACUCAGGUUUGGUGCCUCUUGGCAGCUCCCGAAGCAGCGAUGGGACGGGAAGGGCUGCUCCCUGUCGCAUGUCGGGGUCCCCAGGUUUCGGUUCUUGAUGGGGUUUUCCAGGCUGUGGGAGAAAGGGGACUUUCUUCAUUUGCAUUGGGUGGGAAGACUUCUGCUGGGUGAACUCCUGUGUCCUGUAGGAAGGGUUUUAUCUGUCCUUUAGGUUGCGUUUGAGCAUCCGAUUUCUGACCCCCCCUGUCUCUGAGCUGGGGCUGGGGCUGGGGGGGGAGGAAAUAAGCCAAUUUGGAAAGAAAUGAAGAACCUGACGUAUCAAACCGGCUGCUGGCGUUUUUAUAGGGCUCCUUUCUCCGCGCCGCGGUGCUCUGCGUGAGACGAGAGGCUCUUCUUUCGGGUCGCGUUGAAUCUCUCUCGCUGUGUCUGCUUCACUGGUCACUCCUGUCCGUCCAUCCAUCCAAUCCCUCUGUCCCAUCCCGCCCGUGGGCGCCUCUGCCUCCAUCCCCAUCCUUCUGCGUUCCUCUUCCCCAUCCUUUCGGUGGGCGGCAGCCGCCGGUAUGCACCGAGGUGUGUGUUUAGGGGUGGGUUUCUUCCCAUUUUUCACACCAGGGAACCUGCGUUGGGAGCGGGACAGGGGGCAGGCAGGGUUUGUCUCUCCCCCCGAGCGCCUGCACCCAUCUCCCAUGGGUGCCAGCUCCCAGGAGCCCUCCAUGACCGGGGGGGUUUCUCCGGCCAGGCGUUUCGGCAAAGGCAAAGCCGCAGUCUGUGCUGUGCUGGCAGCGCCCGUCUCUUUGCUCUGCGAUCCGUUUCCAUAUUUAUAUGUCCGGGGGAUGGACCUGGCAGCAUCCUCUAAAACCGCAUCUUGUUUAAUUCUGUAAACUAAAGAACUGUAAAUAAAGUUUAGCAUUCCUAUUGUAACAAAUUAAUUUUUAUGCAAUAAAUUAU